AUGGAGCAAAAAAGCGAUGCAGACGUCAAAUCCGGAGUUGAAAAAGUAUUGCGAAUGUUUGUUAAACAAUGGGACAUUCCGAAUGCCAAGGCGAUGAUCCGAUCAAAGUGGCAUUCAAAUCUACAUUUUCGUGGAUCCUACUCCAAUAACACGCUUAAAUCCGAUGCUCUCGACGUUUCAGCCGAAAAAUUGAGGGACCCGAUUAAUGAGUCGAAUGGACGGCCAGUGAUUCAGUUUGCUGGAGAAGCAACAAAUCCUAAUCACUAUGCCAGUGUCCAUAGAGCCAUUGAAACUGGAUGGCACGAAGCCGAUCGUCUUAUUCAAUUGUAUAAAUAA